GCUCAAUGUCCUUGCACCGACCAAGCAACUUUUGGAAAAAAGGAACCGGCAAACCACGUGGUGGAGAACGAAUGUCUUGUCGGUUUGGACAUUGCACGAGUGCUAGUGACUAGUGAGUGUGCUUCAGUGCGCUGAUAUUCUGGCGGACUGCUUUCAGCUUGCGGGCUUGCUACAUCAUGUCGCCUUCCAACGUGUAUUCAGGGAAUCCAAUGCGGUGGCUGACAAACUUGCUUCUGAGGCUGCAUCUUCCCAAUCAACGAAUGAAGAAGUUGUUGUUGAUUGACAACACAGUUCAACGCACAAGAAGAUGGUCCUCUCGGCAGGUUCUUGCAAUUCUCAAAUGUCGCUCAUGAUUAAGCAACAUUGUUAUACUUUCAAGAGAGAACAAAGAUCCUUCUCCUCUGUCAGAGGUAUAAGCACUGUACUCGUCGGCCAACAAGUUGCAAGAAUUGGCAUUAAGGAAAACUGUGAUUGGAGUUUUGUGAGGGGAACAAGAGUUGUCUUCAGCCCAAAAGUUGCAGGGUCUCUGCUUCAAAGAAGAAGCUAUAAAGUAUCUGCUUCAUGGUUUACAAGUUCUCAAAUUGCCAGCACUGUUUUCACCCUGGGAACAGCUGCUGUUCUUCCAUUCUACACCCUCAUGGUCGUGGCUCCGAAAGCCGAGCUGACUAAGAGGACCAUGGAGAGCACUAUACCAUUUGGUGCGCUUGGAAUUUUGUAUGCCUAUCUUCUAUACCUUUCCUGGACACCAGAUACCAUGCGGUUAAUGUUCGCAAGUAAAUAUUGGCUUCCGGAGCUCUCCAGUAUAGGGAAGAUGUUCUCCAGUGAGAUGACUUUAGCUUCUGCAUGGAUUCAUCUGUUGGCUGUUGAUCUCUUUGCUGCAAGGCAGGUGUACCAAGAUGGACUGGAAAAUGAGAUUGAGACUCGACAUUCAGUUUCUUUGUGCCUACUCUUUUGUCCAAUUGGAAUUGUUACUCAUAUGUUAACAAAGUUACUGACCAGAAAAAUGGGGAAUACCGAGCAAAGCCUUGAAUAACAAUACUUUUAUGCAAUUCUGAACUACAUUAAAUUGCCAUUGAAGUUCUAGAUCACUUUUCAUAAGGCUUAAUAUACUGUAUUUCUUCUUCAA